AUGAGCAACAACCAGCAGCCCCAGUCUCCCCGCCAUUGGCAUGGCACCGUCGGUGAUCGCUACGAGCAUCACAAUGUCUGGGUGCGAGGAGGUCCUCCUGAGCCUUACCGUCGUCCUUCGAUUCCUACUACCACUGCAGCCACUGCCACUUCCGACAGACGCGGCUCUGAUUCAUCAGAUAUGUCUUCCAACUCCGCCAAUUUGAGCAAUAGCCCUCCCAGCAUUGGGGACAGGAGACGCUCGACCGGCCAUGGCGCGUCAAGCCUCUUUGAGAGUUUGACGAGCCAAAAGCGCAACUCUACGGACCAGACUCUCAAUACGCGCCGUGAAAGCUGGAACGAGCAGGGACAGCAGGGCGGAUUCUUCGCCAAGUGGUGGGAUGGAUACACGAGAGGAGGUAGUAAAUAA